GGAGCCGACAAAGAAAACAAUCCCAGAAUCUGUCUUACUUAAUCAUCUCUUUCUCCUCUCUGAUCUGAUCUCUUUUGGUUGCUUGUGGUUCGUAGUCGUCGUUUGAGAGGAAGAGCGGAAAGAGAUGUUGGACAUAAAUCUGUUCAGAGAAGAAAAGGGUCACAAUCCCGAAAUCAUACGCGAGUCGCAGCGCCGUCGUUUUGCCAGUGUCGAUCUGGUCGACGAGAUCAUUAGGCUCGACAAAGAAUGGCGUCAGCGUCAAUUCGAAGUCGAGAAAUUAAGGAGGGACGCGAACAGCAUCAGCAAGAAAGUUCGUGAACUUAAAAUUUCGGGUGGGGAUGCAUCCGAAGUGAUAUCUCAGACAGAGGUAGUCAAAAAGUCGAUUGCAGACAAAGAGGUUGAGGUUCGGGAGGCUUGGCUGGCACUGAGUUCUAAAUUGGAAACUGUUGGAAAUCUUGUGCAUGACUCGGUUCCUAUCAGCAAUGAUGAGGCAAAUAAUGAAAUAAUUAGAUCAUGGGGUGAAAAGCGGAUGGUGCCAAAACUUAAAAACCAUGUUGAGCUCGUUGAACUGCUGGGAAUAGCCGAUACAAAGAAAGGUUCUGAUGUAGCCGGAGGGAGAGGGUAUUACCUGAAAGGGGAUGGAGUACGUCUGAACCAAGCUUUGAUCAAUUUUGGUCUUGAUUUUUUGGAGAAGAGAGGAUACACAGCACUACAGACCCCAUUCUUUAUGAGAAAAGAUACUAUGGCCAAGUGUGCUCAAUUGGCCCAAUUUGAUGAAGAACUUUACAAGGUCACUGGUGAGGGAGAUGACAAGUAUCUGAUUGCUACAGCUGAACAACCACUUUGUGCCUAUCAUCUAGAUGAUUGGAUCCAUCCGUCUGAGCUGCCAAUAAGAUACGCAGGAUAUUCAUCUUGCUUCCGCAAAGAAGCUGGCUCACAUGGUCGAGAUACACUUGGAAUUUUCAGAGUGCACCAAUUUGAAAAGAUUGAGCAAUUUUGCAUUACCAGCCCAAAUGGCAAUGACUCUUGGGAAAUGCAUGAGGAAAUGCUAAAAAAUUCAGAGGAAUUUUACCAGUUGCUAAAUGUCCCCUACCAAGUUGUAGCCAUUGUUACUGGUGCUCUGAACGAUGCAGCUGCAAAGAAAUAUGAUUUGGAAGCAUGGUUUCCUGCAUCCCAAACAUAUAGGGAGUUGGUUUCUUGUUCAAACUGUACAGACUACCAAUCAAGAAGACUAGAAACUCGAUUUGGCCAGAAAAAGAACAAUGAGCAGUCAAAGCAAUAUGUUCACUUGCUGAACUCCACUCUUACUGCUACUGAAAGAACCAUAUGCUGCAUCCUGGAAAACUAUCAGAAAGAAGAUGGUGUAGAGAUUCCAGAAGUUUUACGGCAAUAUAUGGGAGGAAAGGCCUUCAUACCUUUCAAGAGCAAACCGGCUGCUGAAGCCAAAGGGAAGAACGCCAAGGCAUAAUUAAGAUUUUUCUUUUCUUAUUUUUAUUAAAUUGGAGAGAUGAACAACUCAGAAUGAAAAUUGCAGAAGUUAGUAUUUCUUGACACCCAAAUCCUAAAUCGAAUCCCCUUCUAAGAUAAUUUAAAAAACAGUUUACAUGAGUUUCGAUCCUGAACAUGUAAUCAGCUCUUAAUUUGCGCGUGGUAUUCAGGUAUUGUUUGGUUUGAAUCUUUUUUUGCGCAAACAAUCUGUUUCAGUUUCUUCUACAAGUUUGCCAGUUUUGAUGA